CCAAGUAAUGCACAAAGUUCGUAGGAGGGAUACAGCACACAUUUGCCCUUUUGGAAAUAAUCGAUCGGAGCAUCGAAAAAAAAAACGUAAGGGAAUUGACCGCGAGUGAUGAAGAGUAUUAACACAUAGCAGGAGCCCAACAUCCUGAUGUGUUUUUCCCAACGUAGAAAAGAGAGAGAAAAUCAGCUAUAAAAGCUCGAGUAGCUGUUUUUUGGCUUCAUUCCUGUCCGUGGCAUCGAGAAGACCACUUUUUUUUUACUAGGAAUAACGAAGAUUAGCUUAGAAAAUUUAUCGGUUUUUCGAUUCAACGAUUUUUAUCGCAAUGGCUAAAUCGUUCGUUCGAAUCCUACUGCUGAUCGGUUUCGUUAGCAAUGCCGCGAGAGCUGACGAAUCGGGAGAUGAAAAUUGCGAAACGCUCAUGUCUGAAGUUCACAUUACAAAGGACGAGUACAACGAGGCAGGACGUUUAAUUAGAACUUGCAGCGGAGAUGUCUCAGUGACGAAGUGCGAGGGUUUUUGUAGUUCACAAGUUCAACCGAGUGUCAUGACAACAACAGGAUUCUUGAAGGAAUGUUACUGUUGUCGCGAGAGUUAUCUUAAGGAGCGUAUAAUCAGGCUUAAUCAUUGUUAUGACGCCGAUGGUAUCAAGCUCGAGAACGAAGAGCUUUCAACGAUGGAUAUAAAAUUGCGCGAACCUGCUGACUGCAAGUGCUACAAAUGUGGUGUUGACGAGUGUCAGGUUACACCUGUUAUCCACGUACUCGAAUAUCCUGGAUGUGUACCAAAACCAAUUCCCAGUUUUGCCUGUACAGGACGAUGUAGCAGUUAUUUACAGGUGUCGGGUUCAAAAAUUUGGCAAAUGGAAAGAAGCUGCAUGUGUUGUCAAGAGAGCGGUGAACGAGAAGCAACUGUAUCCUUAUUCUGUCCAAAGGCAAAGCCAGGCGAGAGAAAGUUUCGAAAGGUUGUAACGAAAGCCCCCCUGGAAUGCAUGUGUCGUCCAUGCACAGCUGUCGAAGAAUACUCUAUAAUACCACAGGAAAUAGCGGGAUUCGCCGAAGAAGGUCCCUUCACGACAUCCGCUCACUUCAGAAGAUCUUCGGGUCUCCAAUAACGAAAAGUGAUUGAUUUGGAAUUGAACACAACACGAUAAAUAGUGAAUCUCGAUGAAGGCGCAAGAAAAUUUUACCAUGGAUGUACGAAUAUAAUAAAAAAUAAUAGACAAAGAAAAUAAAUAAAAAACCACCAGAA